CCUCUUACUGUGGCCGGGGCUGGAGUUCACAUUUUGCAGCAUCUGUAUUGCAGGGCUGAGUCUGUCCAUCCCGAAGCUGAGGAGCACAAGCGACCGGAGGGCCAUGCCGUUCCCAGGGUUCCUCUUCCUUCUCUUGCUUGCUGUUCCGCCCAGGGCCAGAGGGAGUCCAACUUGGAGCCAAGCCAGGGAGAUCCAAGUGCAGGAGAACUUCGACCCGGAACAGAUAUAUGGGAAAUGGUACGACAUCGCCAUUGGCACAACGUGCACCUGGAUGAAGCAGUACAAGGACAAGUUCAACAUGGGCACGCUGGUGUUGGGCCCCGGGCUGAGCAGCAAUCAGAUCAGCACCACUAGCACCAGGCUCAGGCAAGGUGUCUGCACGCAAGUUAUUGGCGAGUAUGAAAAAACCAGCAUACUUGGGAAAUACACCUACCGUAGCCCCGGCUGGAAUGUGACCAUCAACUCCUAUGUGGUGCACACCAACUACAAGGAAUAUGCCAUCAUUCUAAUGCAGAAGAAAAGUAGCUUGGGCCUGACAAUUACAGCCAAACUCUACGGCAGAAGCCCAGAGCUGCGAGAAGGCCUCAUUGUGGAUUUCAGACAGUUUGCUCGAGAGAUGGGGAUUCCUGAGGACGCCAUUUUCAUCAUGAUUAAUAAGGGUGAAUGUGUUCCCAGUGAGGCCCAAGUGGAAGCCCAGAGGGCUCGAAGAGCUGUCCUGCCUGAGGAGGAGGGCUCUGCUGCCGGCCCGCUGCCAACGUUCAUCAGCAGAAAGGAAGAUUUCUGCCUGCUGAAUAAAGAAGUGGGCCCCUGCAUGGGGAUGAACAUUCGGUUCUUCUACAACUCCUCUUCUAUGGCCUGUGAGAGCUUCCACUAUGGUGGCUGCCUUGGGAACGGGAACAACUUCCCUUCUGAGAAGGCAUGUCUGCAAACCUGCCGAACCGAGGGUAAGGGGCAGCCCUUGCAGACAGUCACGUGGACAUUAGUCUCUGACAAGUGCAGGAGGGGCAGCUUCUGACAUCUCUGUCCCGU